UAAAUGCAUGUUCUGGUCUGUGAUCAGGCCAUGUGUUUUUCUUCUUGAUUCUGCGGAUUCGUGACACUCCUGUGAUCUUCUGAGCCACCCAAAUCUGCUACAGAGGAGAAAGAACAACACAUCACAAAGAAGAGCACAGUAGCCUUUCUUUCAAUCAUCAGCCUUGCUUUCUGAAAGUAAGACGAUCCAGAUCUAAAGAAUGAAGUUCCCUCCCGUGAGAGAACUGACCAAAAACAGUGGGAACAAUGAUCAGUACUUUACAGAACACUGAACUAUAAUUUUGACAGUGUACGCCUGCGCUGCUUGAUCUAACGCUCGCUGAAGAUGAUGAUGAGGAUGAGGAUGGUGAUGAUGAUAAGCGCGUGAUCGCGUCUGUCAGACUUCAUCAAAGCUCUCCGGAGUCGAUCAGCGGAAGCCAGCGUGCGCUUCUCGUUUACCUUUGAUCCGGAUCAUGAUGCAGCUCCAGUGCGCACGGUAAUCCAGGGCAGAGCCGUUAUAAUAGAAGCUCUUUUGUUGGAGCUCUCUGGCCCGGAUCGGUUUCAUGUAAUUGUGAAGAGGCUGCAUCUGAUUUCAGCCGCGUUUCGCAACCCGUCUUUAAUGUCGCGCGCACGCAGAUUUCAUGCUGACCACAUUCUUCUGACUGUACGUCCGUUAUACGAGUCUGCGGACAACAAAGGGCCGUCCAUAAAGAAAGAGCUUUUGACCAGUGAAACCCGAGAGCCUAAAAGCUCGCUGGAGCUUCACAUGUGACCGCGGUGUGAGGAGGAACGACUAGAAGCGUGGAGACGCGGUGAGGAGCGCGCGCGUCCGGUUGGUGAAGUUUGGCGGGCGCGUGUUUCUCAGCGUUUCUUGGCACCGUCGCUUUUUUCCAGGAGCUCGAUGAAUGAAGAUGAAUGAAACUCGAUCCGUGAUAAUCUGCUGCGCUUUGUAGGAGGUAUAUAACGGCGAUGGACGCGCACUGAGCAUGUCCGAGGCUCGCCGCGCUUCCGAUCCCUGACGACGUUCAUCCGGAGCCGCUGCUGCUCAUCGACGGCACCAUGGUGGAGCACCGCGGCCUGGACAUCAUGUCCACCCCCUCUUCCUCCUCUCCAUCAUCCUCGAACGCGGAGAAGAAACUUUUCUCCAAGCUCAAGGUGAGUCUGACCAAGAAGUACCCGCAGAAGAACGCGGAGACGCUGAGCGCGCAGUACGGAGCCAACCUGCUGCUGAUCGGCGUGUCCGUGAUGCUCGCGCUCGCCCAGCACGGUCCCGCGGUGAAGAAGGAGCACCUGCUGGCCUUCAUCACGGCGCUGAUGCUCGUGCAGCUCGUGUGGAUGCUCUGCUACAUGAUCCAGAGUGAGCGGGAGCGCAGCCCGGUGCCGGAGAAGGACGCGCACGCGGGCACCAGCUGGAUCCAAGGGGGGCUGACGAUGCUGGCGUUGCUGUCACUCAUCAUGGACGCGUUCCGCAUCGGCUCUUUCGUCGGAUAUCAUUCCUGCGUCUCCGCCGUGCUCGGAGUCUAUCCCGUCGUGCACGCGCUGCACACCAUAUCUCAGGUGCAUUUCCUCUGGUUCCACAUCAAAGAUGUCAUCAAGAAAUAUGAAACGUUUGAAAGGUUUGGAGUGAUUCAUGCCGUCUUCACUAACCUGCUGCUGUGGUGUAAUGGAGUGAUGUCAGAAGCUGAACAUUUCCUCAACAACCACAGGAGACGCCUGACUGCGCUGGGAUACGACAAUGUCUCCACAGUGGAAGCGGAGCCGAACUGUAACUGCUCCAUCAGCGUCUGCUCCAUGUUCUCAACCAGCCUCUACUACCUGUACCCCUUCAACAUCGAGUACCACAUCUUCGUCUCGGCCAUGCUGUUGGUGAUGUGGAAGAACAUCGGCCGCACGCUGGAGCUCCACAGCAACAGCAAGCGUCCCAGCAUGAGGAGCCCGGGUCUGCUGCUCGGCCCCAUGCUGGGUCUGCUGGCGCUGGCCAGCUCCGUCACGGUCCUGGUGGUGUACCUCAUCCACAUAGAGAAGUCGCAGCAGACGCGUGAGGCGGCCAUCUCCAUGUUCUACCUCUACGGCGUGGUGAUGCUGAGCUGCAUGUGUGUCGCGAGCGGAGCCGGGCUGCUGGUGUACCGUCUGGAGGCCUGGCCCAUGGACACGGGUUCGAACCCGUCCCGCACGCUGGACACGGAGCUGCUGCUGGGCUCGUCGCUGGGCUCCUGGCUGAUGUCGUGGUGCAGUGUGGUGGCGGUGGCGGCGGCGGGACCCAGCUCUCCGAGCUUCCGCUGGACCUGUCUGGUGUACUCGCUGCUGCUGGUGCUGGAGAAGUGUGUGCAGAACCUGUUCAUCGUGGAGUCGCUGUACCGCAGACGCACGGAUCCGGACGACGCACCUGUGCCCGAGGUCUUCUCCAUCACACCGGCGCCCGUGGUCCCACCGUACGACGGCAUCGUGAACCGCGGCUACGAGACACAGGACAAGGGCUGCGCGACUCUGGAGGGAGAAACACCCGAGAACAGAGCGGCAUUCAGCAGGAAGCACUCCGACGUCACACUUCCUGUGGGAAACCAGCUCAGCGUGAUACACGGGAGGAAGAGGCAGAUCCUCAAGAACAUCACCAUCUUCCUCUUCAUGUGCAACAUCUCGCUGUGGAUUCUCCCGGCCUUCGGCUGCCGUCCGCAGUAUGACAGCGGUCUGGAGCAGGAGACCUUCGGGUACAGCGUUUGGACCACGGUGCUGAACCUGGCCAUCCCCAUGAACCUCUUCUACCGCACACACUCGGUGGCGUCGCUCUUCGAGGUCUUCAGGAAGGAUUGAGGACGACUGAGAUGAGGAAGCUCAUGCGUUCAGACUGAUCGGAUCCGUUCUCAUGGACUCCAUCAGCUCUAGAGGUUCUCAGGCCUGAAGAUUCUUCACACACUUCUCAAUGUUUACACACACACACACACAGUCUCACAAUCACACAAUCACACACACACACACACACACACACACAGUCUCACAAUCACACACACAGUCUCACAAUCACACACACACACACACGUACGUCUUCACUUGAUGAAGGAUGAUGUUCUCUUUUAUCAAGUUCUCAUAUGGGUUUAAAUCCUGAAUGUUUUUGGUACGUCUGAUUGGAAAAUCCUUGAAUCUUGCAGGCCGUUGAACAAACAUCUGGUGCAUAUUGUAGUUUUUAAUCAUUUAACUUACUAACUUUUGCUCUGUCAAUAUCUACACAUUCUUAAAUCAAGAUGCAUUUACUUGGAAAAGGAAAUUACUUAAGAUAUGAAGUCUUGGAUCCAGUAAUGUUUCACUAUGAUCUUCAGAUUGUGUAACUCUAUUCAGACAUGCAUUUACAGCACAUUGUUUUGAAACAUGUUAUGAAUAUCUUUACUGUUCUGCAUUCCUCUUGGUUCUCACACUCGCGUGUUUCUGAAGGACGUGUGACGAUGGUUUCCUCAGUCCUGAAGGUCUCUGUGAGCGAUGGCUUUUAAAAAGGCUUGAAACGCUCCAACACUGGAGAGAAAUGAGGUUUUAUCUGUGCGUUUAUGGAUUUAGAGGCUGAUUGUUAGUUUUGGUCUGAAGUGCAGAUGUUCAUCUGGACAACAUCAGCAUCACAAACACACAGGACUCGUGGCUCAUAGAAGAGACUCUUUAUUCAGGAUAUUAGCUGUGGAAACGCUUCUCGUGAAUGUGAUUAUGGGAUGCGAAACGCUCCGUUCUUUCAGAUGUAGAGCGGCUCUGUUGAUCUUCAGCAGAUCUUUAGUAGCAAACGACUUUAUCAUCAACCUUUCUUCUCUUUUUUAACUCGUCUCCCACCAAACACACCGUGCAACGCACAACAAUCAGACCUGUGGUGCAAACCUCACUUCCCCCCAAAUGAAUACAUGUUUGUCAGCUUCAAAUAAAUCAAAAUAUUCUUUGAUGUAAACAGUCCAACAGCUUUGGAGUUUCUUUGAAACAUGAAAUUCUUUAAAGCACCUUUAUUCAUCGUCGUUCACUUAUUUCUCAUAAAACCUGAAAAAUGGGUUCAUCUUUUAGUGUGAACCCUAAUCAUUUUCUUCCAUGCAAACAGCAAAAUAUAAUAAUAAAAUAAUUUUCUUUCUUUGUAUUUUUGUCGUUUAACAGUACAAUUACCUAAACAUUCUUAAGUCAAGAUACUUAAAGAUAUAUCAAAAUGAAGUGAGUU